AUGAACAAUGAUAACAAAACUAUAGAAUCAAAUUUGAAUGGAAAUAUUGUUAAUAAGUGUAAAACAGUUUCUGAAAACAAUAAUUUAAUUUUAAUUGAAAAUAUUGAUAAUAAUGUCGACAGUGUGUCAGUUACCUUAGCCAAAGAUUUUGUCGCAGCUGCGGGAUUUAACGUAGAAGCACCGAUUGUCAAUGCAAUUAUAGGAAAUAUUACUGGUUCUCUUCCUACAAGAAAAAUUGAAACUCUUGACACAAUGAAGUGUAAAAUUUGUGAUUGUGAAAUUACAUCCAGUCAUAUUUUUGCUCAUCACAUUAACGGAUCCAAACAUAAAAAAAAGGUAAAAGCUUUGGAUAUAAUAAAUCAAUUAAAAGAAAAAAAAGGAGUUCGCGCUGAAGAUAGUGAUGACCCUAAUGCUUUUCGUUGUGAAAUUUGUUCUGUGACAGUUAAUUCUGCUCAGCAAUUAGAACUUCAUUUAAUGGGAUCAAAGCAUAAAAAAAAAAUUGACAAUGAUGUAUUUAAAUUAACUGGGAAAAAAAAGGAAGAAAAUUUAGAUCAUGCAUCAUCACCUAAGAAAAAAAAAAAAGAAGAGCCGCAUCCAAUUUUACCAUGUCAGUUAUGCGGAAUGUUUAUGAAUUCUCCAAGCCAAUAUGAGCAGCAUAUGUCAUCGAAAAAACAUAAAAUGAAAAGUGGUCAGUCGAAUACGACAAACGAGGAAUCCUGUAACACUGAUAAUAAUAAAUACAUGUAUGGUAGAAUUGAAGUUACCCAAAAUGUAGUUGGCACAAGCUUUGACAAUGGCUAUCAAGCUGUACCACGAAGUGGUUAUAAAUAUCAAAAUUAUGAUACCACUUACAAAGGGCCUAGUAAUUAUUAUAACAAUGUUAAUCCAUAUUCUCAAAAUUAUUAUGUAGAAAAUAAAACGACAGAGGCAUUUACCGAAUACGAAGAAGAAAUUUGUUUCGAUUUGGAUGAUCCAGAUUUCGCGUCAUCAACAAAAACAUCUUCAGUCGGUGGUAAUGGUAGUAAUUUGAGACCGAAUGCAUUAUCAUGUUUAAUGGAAGCUCGGGGUAAGUUAUUCAUUAAUUAA